AUGUCUUUGGGCGAGGACCUGCUCAAGAUCGUCAACAAGCUCCAGGACUUGGUCUUCAACACCAUCGGCAAUGAUUCUCUAGACUUGCCGCAGAUUGUCGUAGUCGGCUCGCAGUCCUCCGGCAAGUCGUCGGUCCUCGAGAACAUUGUUGGCAGAGAUUUCCUUCCCCGUGGCAGCGGCAUCGUCACUCGCCGCCCGCUCGUCCUCCAGCUCAUCAACAUCCCCAGCGACAGCGAGAAGCCCGAGGGCGACGAGGUCCACAUCCCGCACACCCCCGCAAGCGUCGCAGGCCAGGAUGAAUGGGCCGAAUUCCUACACAUUCCGGGGAGGAAGUUCUUCGACUUUGGCGAAGUGAGGCGCGAGAUUGAGAACGAGACUGCUAGGAUAGCGGGCAACAACAAGGGCAUCAACCGUCAGCCCAUCAACCUCAAGAUCUACUCGCCUCAUGUGCUGAGUUUGACUCUUGUCGACUUGCCCGGCCUGACCAAGGUGCCCAUCGGAGAUCAGCCGACCGAUAUUGAGAAGCAGACCAGGAACCUCAUCACCGAGUACACUGCCAAGCCGAACAGCAUCAUCCUCGCCGUGUCGCCUGCCAAUGUUGAUCUGGUGAAUUCCGAAGCGCUCAAGCUCGCCCGCCAUGUGGAUCCAAUGGGCCGCAGGACAAUUGGCGUGCUCACCAAACUGGAUCUGAUGGACCACGGGACCAAUGCGCUUGACAUCCUUUCUGGCCGCGUGUACCCGCUGAAACUGGGCUUCAUCGGUGUUGUCAACCGCUCGCAGUACGAUAUUCAGGAGAACAAGUCCCUCUCCGACGCCCUGCAGGCCGAGCGCGACUUUUUCAGGCAGCACCCGGCAUACAGAAACAUGGCGAACCGCUGCGGAACCGAGUUUCUGGCCAGAACUUUGAACACCACGCUGAUGGCGCAUAUCCGCGAGCGACUGCCCGACAUCAAGGCUCGUCUCAACACGUUGAUGGGCCAAACGCAGCAAGAGCUUGCCAGCUACGGGGAUGCUGCCUUCAUCGGAAAGGAACACCGUGGUUCCCUGGUUUUGCAGCUCAUGACUCGUUUUGCUUCAUCCUUCAUCUCUUCCAUUGACGGUACUUCUUCGGAGAUCUCGACGCGCGAGCUUUGCGGUGGAGCCAGGAUCUAUUACAUCUUCAACUCGGUUUUUGGAAACUCGCUCGACACCAUUGAUCCCACGCAGAACCUGUCCACGCUGGACAUCAGGACUGCGAUACGUAACUCGACAGGCCCUCGGCCGAGUCUGUUCGUGCCGGAGAUGGCUUUCGACCUGCUUGUCAGGCCUCAAAUCAAACUCCUCGAACCUCCGAGCCAGCGUUGCGUUGAGCUCGUCUACGAGGAGCUCAUCAAGAUCUGCCAUACUUGCGGUUCCACCGAGCUUAGCCGCUACCCCCGCCUUCAGGCGAAGUUGAUCGAAGUCGUCUCCGAUCUGCUGCGCGAAAGGCUCGGCCCAUGCUCCACCUACGUAGAAUCUCUCAUCUCGAUCCAGCGCGCGUACAUCAACACCAAUCACCCCAACUUCCUUGGUGCGGCUGCUGCUAUGUCCUCUGUCAUUCAAGACAAGCAGGAAAAGGAAAGGAAGAUGGCAGCAUUAGAGGAAAAGAAGAAGAGGGAAAAGAAGCGCUUGAAGGAGCUGAACGGCGUUAACGGAACUGAGACACCGGAAGAGGAGCAGGAAGAGACGGAAGCUCCUGGUGAAAAGGCUGCCAAUUUGACAAUCCGCGGCCACGCCAGCAAGAAUAGCAGGAGCAUGUCUCCGGCUGUUGGCCGUGCUACCCCCUCCGGAAUCACAAGCGCGCUGAACGGUGCUCGUGGGGCCUCGCCACCCAGGUUCCAGCAGGCCGGAUCUACCAAGGAUAGUUUCUUGAACUAUUUCUUUGGCAAGGAGGGUGGUUUGCCCAUGCCGAACACGCCGCCCACCCCCAUACUGGAUACGCGCCCCGGUAGCAGGCACGUCAGCCAGAACCAAGAACCCAGCUUCGCUGGCAGCCUAAGGAGAGGUGACAACCGCAUGCUCGAUCGCGCUCCUAUCUUUGAGGUCUCGCAGGAAGAGCCCGAGGUUGCGAUCCCUCGGAAUGACUACGACAGUCCAUUCCCUGGAGAGCCGGAGCCGCCUGCGCUCACCGAGCGUGAAGCAUUGGAGACCGAGCUCAUUCGCCGCCUUAUCUCCUCCUACUUUAACAUCGUUCGUGAAACCAUUGCCGACCAAGUGCCAAAGGCUGUCAUGCACCUUUUGGUAAACUUCUCCAAGGACUCGGUCCAGAACAGGCUGGUUAGCGAACUCUACAAGGAGACCUUGUUUGAGGAACUUCUGUAUGAGGACGAUGCCAUCAAGUCGGAGCGUGAGAAGUGUGAGAAGAUGCUCAAGAUGUACAAGGAGGCUGCCGCCAUCAUCGGCGAAAUCCGGUAG